GUGCACGGCGUCGGCGAGGCUCUCCUCAACGGUGGGGGAGACGUGUGGGUUGACUGGGCGGCCGCGCCGGGAUGGUUCAGGGAGCUCGCGGCGCGUGUUGGGAGAUGACCUCCCAGGAGCUAGUCUCGCUUACAUAGUUACAUGCGCGGCGACGAGAUCGACCUGGGAGCCGGGCAGCGCGGAGAGCACCAGCUCUCCAUGUUGCCCGUACAUCUUAGACACCGUCUCACUCUCAUCCGCCGCCAGCUGUUCUUCCACGGUGGCGAUGAGGGCGAGGCCGUGGCGGCCGCAGCACAUGCCCCACGCCCACCAGCUAGAGGAGGCGGUGGUGAUCAAGACGCUGCCGUGGCGGGCGCAGCAGAUGCCCCACGCCCACCAGCUAUAGGUGGCGGCGCUGUCGGCCGAGAGCCAGGCCGUCGUCGCAUCAGGCGUGAGAGGAACGCGCGGCGUGCCGCUCUGAACGAUGGCGGCGCUGAGGCCCCGGCUCGUGCUGCUGCUGGUGUUCCCGCCGAAGCUGACGCUGACCUGUCCCCCACCAACAAGAAGCUUCAAAGCCUUUACUCGUCUUUACUGAAGGAAAAAGAACUGAUUCAGGAGCUGCUUCAAGGUCUUCGGGGAGUCGAGGAAUGUGCCAGGGCACAGGCCGAGUCUCCCAAUCGGGAGACAAUCCGUUCUAUAGUCAGUACAGUCCUCUCCCACCUUGCUUCGUAUGACAGAGUGGAUGCCGAAGCGACUGAGCUCAGAGCCCAGCUUCAGCACCCAGUUCCGCGACCCCCCGAGCUGGACGGACACCCACGAGACAGUCUCCCCCCGUCCGUGACGAGGCGUCUGUCCCGUGAUUAGUGAUACUUUGUGAUACUUUGUGUUCGUUGCUGUUGAGCAUUACACAGUCGUAUGUACUACUCGAUACACUGCAGUCACAUUUUAUGUUGACAUCUCAUCAGAUUUUUUUUUCCGCUGAAAGACAACCCUGGAAGUACUCCAGUUGUUUAGCAUUUGUCUGUUUCUAUUUUACUUCGACUAGCAAUAGAAUGGUAUAACAAUAGCCUGUAAUGCUUAGCUCUGAUAGCUCAGGUAAUUCAGGCAAUUGACUAUAGGGCAGGUUGGAUAUCCACAGAUCCAUCCUAUUUCCUUAAGAACGUGUCAUACAAUUCAAAUGACCUUCUAAAAAUAUAAUACUCCAGUAAGUUGCCUUU